CUGUCGCGGGUACUGCUUCCGGGUCGGUCCGCAGGCGCUUGUGUCUGGGUGACAUCUUGGCGAUCGCUUAGAAGCUGCCCUCUUUCCCCUCCCCGCUUCCCGCGUUGUCCGCCGUGCGUGUUUCUGGGGUUCUUUCCUGGCCUCUAUCCCGGGUCUUGCUCCCCGCGUUGCCGCCUCCAGCGUGAGGAACUAUGAAUGGGAGGGCUGAUUUUCGAGAGCCGAAUGCACAAGUGUCAAGACCAAUUCCCGACAUAGGGGGCGGUUAUAUUCCGACAGAGGAAGAGUGGAGACUCUUUGCAGAAUGCCAUGAAGAGUGCUUCUGGUUCAGAUCUGUGCCAUUGGCUGCCACAAGCAUGCUGAUCACUCAAGGGUUAAUUAGUAAAGGAAUCCUGUCAAGCCAUCCAAAAUAUGGUUCCAUUCCUAAACUUAUAUUUGCUUGCAUCAUGGGAUACUUUGCUGGAAAGCUUUCUUACGUGAAAACUUGCCAAGAAAAGUUCAAGAAGCUUGAGAACUCCCCGCUUGGGGAAGCUCUGCGCUCAGGCGAGCUGCGGCGCGCCUCGCCAUCCGGGCACUUUGCUCAAAAGCCUAAAUAUGAUUCAAAUGUGAGUGGUCAGUCUUCUUUUGAGACAUCUCCAGCUGCAGACAACAUAGAAAAGGAGACGCUUCCUCGCUAUGAGCCAAUUCCAUUUAGUGCUUCUAUGAAUGAAUCCACUCCCACUGGUAUUACUGACCAUGUUGCCCAAGGUAGAAACUUCUCUUGAAAUGAAUUUCAGCAUUUUAUGGUCCAACGUUAAGAGGGAAGAGGGUGCAGCAGAAAAAGAGAAGCUGAUGAUAAAUGGGCUAAGGAGUGUUUAAGAUGGUGCCGAAAGGGACCUGGGUAUCUCCAAACAUGAAGUAUCCACAAGAAUGGCUCUCAGUUAAUGAGAACUAAGUGAGAUAUGACGUCAUCUUCUGUUGCCUUGGCAGCUUCAGUUGCUCAUUAGCCAUAGCCAUGCAUGCUUGUGACACGUGACUUUGAUGUGGCAAUGCAGAAUACUGUCACUGAAGAUCUCCUGGGCACAGUGUUUGGGUGGUGGGGACUGUUGCGGAAAAGAUGAAAGGCUUGAUCUUGGGAGAAUUUUGUUGAAGACCUCAGUCCUAAGAUGACCUCCACGUUCUCCUGGUCGGGACCAAAGAUACUAAGUGUGUUCUAGGAGCAGGUGGAGUUGAGACACCAUCUUUGUAUGAAGGCAGCUCUUCCUGGUCUUGGCCCAUGCUUCAUUUUCAGUCCAGUUCAGACCUAUUCUCCCAUGUCUUAGGUGUGCACCAGCUCUCCCUACCAUCUCCAUCAGCAUAGUCUUGUGCUCUGUGUUUUCCAUGGAAAAGCAGAUGAAAGUCUCUGGUCUCUACCCACAAGUGAGAAAGAUCCAGACUCACUCUGACUAGUGCCCUCCACAGCAGCCAUCCCUCUGUCCAGUUGUGGGGUUGUUUGUGUGUUGUCACCUCCCUCCAGAUCACACUUAGCACUCACCACUGUUGCCCACGUGGAUCCAUCCAUCCCUGUGGCCCCAUGCUCUGCCCACCUGCUGUCCCUUCCAGGACACCGUCUACUUUUGCUGGAGACUUGUGUGCCCCCUUGUUAGCUCUUUUUCAAGGAUCCAAAGACUUAGUGAUCUUUUCAGGGAGAAUGCAUUCUGCUGUACCUGUUACAAGAAUUGCCACAGGUGUUCAGUUAGUUUCAGCUAUUGCUGUUACACACUUCCUUUUUCCUUCCAGGUCUGAGUAACUUGUACAGAGUUUUAAAGUCUAUUCUCAGUUCACUGCCAGAGUGUUUUCAGUCAGCUUUACACAUGGAGAAAAUGUGUAAAGCUCUGCCAAUCUUGUGUGUGGUUUAUGUUUUCAUUUAUCACAAAACAUCAGAAUAAUAUGUUUUUCUUUUUUGCAUAAGAAAAAGUUAGAUCUGGAAGGAAUUCUAGAGGUCAUGUAUUCAAAUUAUUUUACAGUUGGAGAAAACGGGAUUCAGAGAAACUUAGUGAUUUGCCCAAGGACUUGUGCCAAUGGCUAGUAAAGUGAGGGUGCAGACCCAGCAGUCCUGAAAAUCCCCAUAACUCCUUAGGACUUUAAAGAUACCUGUUGGGAGGGGAAAUGAGUUCACUGAUUGCUGAUCACUAAUGCAAUUCAGAUGUUUAAAAUGGAUGUAAGAUCAUUUUCUAAAUUAAUGUAAGAUUAUUUUUCUUCUGAUCUAGUAAAUAUUAAUGUCUAAUCAUGGUAUAUUAGAGCAAAUUACUAAUUAAAAUCAUGUUUUGUAUUCAUACAGUAUACGUUAUCAAAAUAAAAGAUUAGAGUUGAAAAUGCUA